CCAUAAUGCAUCACGUCGUAGAUUGUGUGGUUAUCUGUAGCAAUGUACAUGUCAUGUUCGCAAAAAUAUAGAAUAGUAUAAUAAUACAUGGGUAUAAUUAAAUAUAAAUUGUACCGCUCAGUUCUGUGUGCUGCAGUUAUCGCAUCUUUGGUUGUUUGCUACCUUAAAUUGCAGUCGCCGUCGAACUCCACAGCCGUAGGAUCAAUGAGUGAACACACACUAGAAUAUUUCUUCAGCAAAGCGACGAUACAAAGUAAAGAUGCUGCUGAUAUUGUGUGGUAUCAUGCAGCAAACAGCAAAAGCAAACUCACCGAGGCCCUUCGGGGUUCUGCACAGAUGAUUGAAGCAGAUGUUCUUCUCAGGGGUCUGGAUCCAAAAGAGCCCAUUAUGGCUCAUCCACCUGAAAAUGACAGUGAUAUAUCCCUGCAGGACUGGCUAAAAGAGGUUGUGAAAUCAGAUAAAGGAAUGAAAUUAGACUUCAAAAGUCUUGAAGCUGUCUCCCCCUCCAUGAUUCUACUUGAAAAGGUCCGGGAUCAUAUGCAAGGACCCGUGUGGAUCAACGCUGACAUUCUUCCUGGCCCUGGUGGCAAAGCCCCCCCUCUGGACCCUCAGGCUUUUCUACAGGAAGUCUCACUCAGAUCAGAAAAUGAUGUUUUGUCUUUGGGUUGGACGACUGGAUGGGAUGCAGCUGUUGACAACCCUGGCUACAGUUGGGAGAUGGUUCAUCAAAUGGAAGAAUUAUGCAGAUCCCUAAUGCAACCAGUCACAUUCCCAGUCCGAGCAGCCCUCCUUCCUGUGUCCUUCCCACAGCUUCAGUGGCUUUUAGAGCAGUCAGAUCGAUACAGCCUUACUGUAUGGACAGGCAAGAAUGAUGUUCUUAAAGUGGAGGAUCUGUUGCCCUACAGGCAAAACUGCAGCAAAACCAGGGUCUACUAUGAUCUGUUAGAAUCACAGAUGACACAGUUUAGAGGACUGACUGGCUACUCCUAAAUGAAAAGAAAUGAUUUUAAAUUUUCUUUGAAACGUUAACAGACUAAACACGUAUGCAUGUUGACAUGUGAAUACAUCCUUUGUACUGUGUAUUUAAGACUUGAGGCUUAAAUGUACUGUAAAUUGUUUUUGCUUGUCUCAAGCCUAAUUAACUCAAUGUAUAAAGGAACAAAAACAUAAAUCCCAGAGAAAUGCUAUAUUUUUGUAAUCUACAUUUGCAUUUUGUACAUUUGAAUUUUGUCAUCACAAAUGCAUUAAAUUAUAGAAUAAAUGUUAUACAUAUA